AUGUCAAAUUCAACACCAUCUUCAUCUUCAUCUAAAAAUACAACACAAGCUCCACAAGCUUCUCCACCUCCUCCUCCUCCUUUUGCUCCUUCAUCAAGAGAAGCUGCACUUAUGGUUCAAUCGUCCGAGGAAUAUAAUCCUGAAGUUCCUCCAAUUCUUCCUCAUGAAAAAAUAUAUUCAAUUCAAGUUGGGUAUAGAUUAUAUCGAUUAAGUGGACUUUCAUUAUCAUCAGAUGCUCCAUCUUAUUUCACAAAAUUUUUCCAACAACCUGAAAAUGAAGAAAAAGUAUUAUUUUUCGAUCGUGAUCCACAAAUAUUUGAAAAAAUUUAUAAUCAUUUACAAGGUUAUCUGAUUAAUAUUGAAAAUGAUUAUAUAUUUAUGAAUUUAUGGUUAGAUUGUUUUUAUUUUGGAUUAAAAAAUUUACAAAAAAAUUUAAAUAAACAAGAUUAUUUUGCUAUAAUUGGUAAUGAAAAGUUUAGAAUCCCCAAAUCAUUAAUUAAUAUGCCUGGGAAUUCUCCUAAUUUUUUCACAAUUAAUUUUGAUCGUUUAUUAAUUGAUAAUAUUAAUGUUAUUGAAAAAAAUAAUAUGUUACGUCCUCCACCACAAACUUUCCCGCAAGUAAGUAAUCGAUCAAGUAAAUUAUUUGCUGAUUUAUUGGAAUUUUUCCGAGGUAAUCAUUUGAUUAUAAUGAAUGAUGAUCAUCGACAAUUAUUAAUUAAAGAGGCAAGAUAUUAUCGAUUUUUGGAAUUGGAACAACGAUUAAUUAAAUUUAAAAUCACUUAUCGUAAUGAAAUUGUCAUUAAUUUAAAUGAUAUAUCUCGUAAAGGUUUACAAAAUCCAUCAACAAAUUAUAAUAUUGAAUUAUCAUUAACUUAUUAUCGACCUUAUAUUAAAGAUGAAAUGACAAGAGAUUUAAUAUUUGAAUUAAAUUCUAAAGAUUUUGAUUGUCAAUCAGAAAUUAAAUUGAUUUUAAAUAAAUCAACGAAAUUACCCACAUUAAAAGUAACAAAUAAAGCAUGUCAUAAAUUACAUCAAGUAUUUAAAGAUUAUUUUAGUCACGUUCUAAAAGAUGAUAAAGAAUUACUUUUUUUCGUUGGAUUCAAUAAUUCAAAAACUUUUAUUAAUGGAAAAGAAAUGAAUUCAAAUUGGGUAAAUGAUAUAUUAGGUAUUAAAGAAGUAGAGAAGGAAGCUAAAGAAGAUGCGAAUAAGAGAGGUAAUGAUAAGAAGAGAAAACUUUCUGAAAAUGAUGACAACAACAAUGAAUCUGUUGAAUCUCUGGAGAUUGAUCAUCCUUCUCCUGGAUCAGGUGAAAUUAUUGAAAUUUGUUUAUCACGAUCUUUAUGGAAAGUAAUGAUGAGAGGACCAUUGGCAAGAUUGCAUGCUGUAACAUUAGAAGGAUUUACUAGAUCCAACGACACCCUAAUAGACUUUUUAUAA